AGCCCAGACGGCGGCCGCCACAGGUACAGGCUUCAGAGAGGCCCGAGGUUGUCGGGCGGUGCUCCUCGGGGGUGGGGUCUCGGCGCCCAUUCCGAAUGGAGGCCGUCGGCCCGUGCCGCGUCGCCUCCUGAGGGGAGACCUCACAGGACGACACACAUACGCACACACACACACGCACGCACACGACCUUGCGCCCGCCUCUCCAGCGCCACGUGCCUUUUCUCUCCCUUCAGGGCCUUCGUCUCUUAGCACCAUGCAGCACGCCCUAGAGCACGCCUUAGAUUCCGCCGAGGCGGUCAUCCAGAGAGCCCAGCGGAGACCGCCCAAGAGGAGAAGGUCAGCCAGCGGGGACAGAUGUCUGCAUCAAAAGCUUUAUGACCUUUACGUGAAGGAGUGCGAGCGAGAGCCCGAGUUCGCGGAGCUGAGAAGCAGUGUCCACCUGCUAGACAAGCUCGUCCAGAAGGAGUCCUUGUCACGCUUAGUGGUCAGCCUGUACCCCGGAAGUGAGGGCUACUCUCUGAUGCUCAAGGACGCCGAGACAUGCUCCCCAGAAAGCAUCCGGCUGCCUUACGACCAGCGGGAGUUCCUGGAGUACCUGGAUGCCGAAGAGCUGCCUCCCGUUCUGGUCGACAGCCUGGAGAGAGCGCGGGCUGACGUCUUUCACCGUGGCUGCGUCGUGGCGGAGAUCCGCGACUACAGGCAGUGCGGCGAGCCGGGGCCUCCCGGUUUCCGCAGUAAGCACAUUCUGCUCCGCCCCACCAUGCAGACUUUACUCUGUGACGUGCAGUCCAUGACCAGCGGCCGCGAGGAGUGGACCCAGGAAGACAAGCUCGCCCUGGAGAGCCAGCUGAUCCUAGCGACCGCAGAACCCCUGUGUCUGGACCCCUCCGUGGCGGUGGCCUGCGCUGCCAACCGCCUGCUGUACAACAGGCAGAAGAUGAACACCAACCCCAUGAGGCGGUACUUCCGGAGGUAUUCUGUGUCCUCGCUGGCUCAGCAGCAGCAGCUGGCCCCCCGUCCUCGCGCCCCUGAGCCCAGCACCUCGCCUGGGUCCGGAGCCCGGAAGGCCGGGGCAGCAGCUGCCCAUUCCCCCGACCUGCUUCCUCCGCAAGCAGAAGGUGAGCUGGACGCGUGGAAACAGGCACCCGGCGACUUGGCUGUGCCUUCGGACGUGGACGUGCAGAAAUGCGCUAGGGGGGAAGGGUCCUCCAGCACCGCGGCCUCCCCACGCACCAUCUGGCCAGCUCCGGAGGAAGAUGACUGGGGGCUCGCAGGGGAAGCCGGCCACGGGUCCUGGGACACGAAGCUGAGCGGCAUGCAGUCGCUUAAGGAUCCCGUGUUCUGCGACACAGCCCCACAGUGUAAGGAGCCCCGCGUGGAGACGGGUUGCGUCCUCCCCUCCUCCGCGGAGAGCCGCGUGCCCAGGGUGUCCGGCAUGGGUGUAAGGUGGAUGCCCGGGGGCGGUCGGUCAGCAGCGGGCCCCGGGCCGCAGGAGAGCCUCCUGUGCAGGCCGGCGGCCCGUUGCCCCAGUGGCUCGGCGGCUGUCUCCUCAGCCUGUUCUGGGAAGCCACUAGAAGAGGGCGUGGCUGGCUGUGCGGGGCGGGGCCCCACGCGGGGACAGGGAGAGAAACGUGGGGCUGGCCGGGCCUGUCCUCCCGCCAGCCAGCUCGGGAGAGCGAGGCUCCGGCUGGCUGCAGGGGUGCUGCCCGAGGGGCAGGCAGCCUGCUCAUGUCAGCUCCCCUGCUCCUUUCCCACACCCGCCCCGCCUCCAGCGCUUCCUCUGGCUCCCGCUUCUCCCCCUGCUCCCCCGGCUUUCCCGGAUCCUCUCCCUGAGCCCCCUCUGGAUCUGUCCCUUUUUAUUGUUCCAGCUCCUGCGCCCACUCCUGCUCCUCCUCCUGAACUGGCGCCCACUCCUGCUGUGGAUGCAGCUUCUCCUGCUACGCCUGUGCCUGCUCCUGCUCCUGCUCCUCUUCCUGCCCCUGGCAGAGUUCGCAGGAAGUUGUCUGCAGUUCCCUGUCGACCAGUCAGCACGCUUCUUCCUGCCGGCCCCACCCCAGCCAAGUCAUCGCAGAGACCCCCAGCCACCCAGGUCCUGGCCAGGUCCCGCGGCAGGAACGUCAUGAACGUGGGGGCCGUGGCCCCCGGAGUGCCGGCAGUGGUGAGUGACUCAGUGCCUGCUCCGGGCCGUGUCAGUGCUGCCCCGGCCGGCACAGCCAUCAGUGGCCUGACACCCUCCACAGGGCAGCUGCCGAGCGCCCUGCCUGAGGCCACAGAGCCCCGGCCACAGGCCCAGGUGAGCCUUCAGCUGGUUUUAAACAGCCCUGUAACUGUGCUGCAGCUGCAGCUGCCGCGUGGCUCAUUCAUUCUGAACUUGCAGCAGCAGCCACAGAGGCCACAGGGGCCGCAGCCACAGCCGCCGCCGCCGCCCCGGCUCUGUCAGGUGGCUCUCCAACAGCUUCAGCCACCCAGGGCUGCUCAGCCCCCACAGCCCGUGCCCCAGGGCUCUGGCCCAGGCGCAGGCCAGCAGGAAUGGGCUCUGGAGGCUCAGCAAGGCCUUCUCAUCAGGAUCGGCCAAGCCAGAGGUGAUGUGCCGCCCCAGACAACCGUGGCGGGUCAGCGUGGCCCCGCCCAGGGAGGAGCUGGGCAGAGCCUCCCCCAGCAGCAGUCCCGGCUCCCCUCCACCUUGCAGCCACCAGGGUUGCAACUGAGGCAGCAGCGCAGGCCCGCGGCACCAGCCGCAGCCCGGGCAGCUCAGCCCUGUCCGCAGCUGAGGAGCACAAACCAGCGCAAAGGGAAAGCCCGGAGGAACAGCACAGCGCCCCCGCCUUCCUGA